AUGCAGAUCGCAUUCCUCUUGUCCCUUACAGCCCUUGCAGGCAUCAGCACCGCUCAAUCGGCAGGCUGCAGCAAAGAUAUACCCUCCAAAUUCCCAACCCCGGGAUCGAGCACGAGUCUCAAGCUCCCAGGCUCCGACCGCCAAUACAGGUUAUACAUCCCAACCAGCUAUGACAAAAACACCCCAACGCCGCUCUAUUUCUCCUUCCAUGGCGCCAGCCGAGACAUGCUGGAAGAGGAAGAGCUCUCGCAAUUCUCCAACCCAGAGUUCAACCCCGACGGAAUUGCCAUCUACCCAGAUAGCAAGAAUGGAUACUGGCUCUCCAACCCCAGUGCCGACACAUCACGUCCCAACGAUCUGGACUUCACCAACGAUCUCCUAGAUCACAUGGAAGAGAAACUCUGCAUCGACACAAACAGAGUUUACUCAGCAGGCAAAUCCAACGGCGGUGGGUUCACCGGCGUAAUCGCUUGCAAUGCCACCGUCGGAAGCCGAUUCGCCGCUUUUGCCGCUGUCAGUGGUGCAUGGUACGACACUGACGAUAUUGAAGGCGUGGGGCCUUGCGCGCCUGCAAAGCGCGCCGAGGGAUAUCCUUUCCUUGAGUUCCAUGGCACGACAGAUACCACGGCGCCCAUUGACGGGAAUACAAAGAAGACUCCCAAGUUGCCUGUCAUUGAUAUUCUGCAAGGCUGGGCUGGUCGAAAUGGAUGCGGUGCGAAGGCCCAAUGGGCGAGGAAUGAGACUGUGUUUGAAAGCCCGCUUGUCAAGCAUGCUUCUUGGGAUUGUGGUGGCAAGAAGGGUAUUGUGCAGCAUUAUCGGGAGGGUCAGAAUGGUCAUUGUUGGCCUAGUACUGUUACUAAUGAUGACUAUAAGCGUCUGGCCAGUCAGUGUCCUCUUGGGAAGUAUGUCUUCAAUGCCACGGAGUACAUUUUCGACUUCUUUGCUGACUACCGUCUGGAUGCGUGA